CAGGCCCCAGCCAGUUCAGGCUACACUAUCCCAGGAUCAGCAUGGCUGUCUACCAUUGGGUAGUUACUCUGACCUUGGCUGCCCUCCUUGUUGUGGACAGGGAAGUGCCAGUGGCUGCAGGAAAGCUCUUUUUCUCAAGAAUGCCCAUCUGUGAACACAUGGUAGAGUCUCCAACCUGUUCCCAGACAUCCAACCUGGUCUGCGGCACUGAUGGGGUCACAUAUACAAAUGAAUGCCAGCUCUGCUUGACCCGGAUAAAAACCAAACAGGACAUCCAGAUCACGAAAGAUGGCAAAUGCUGAUCCUAUAGGAGCACCUCAAGCCAUGAAGUUUCAGGCUGGAGAACAGUGGUGGGCAUGGAGAGGAUAUGAUGUGAAAUAAAAGAUCCAGCCCAACU